AUGGCAUCACCACCAACAAGAAUAUACAAUGUUCAGAUGGAUCAGUAUGCCUAUUCUUCAACUGGCGAACUAGGUUCAAAGUUUUUGGCACCAUGUGUAGCAAUAGUAGUAGUGUUUACGGAUAAUACUGUGAUGAUCGAGCACAGAUCAGAUCCAUUUUUAUAUAACAAACGUGACAAGACCAAGAGAAUUUACGAAAACGACGCAAUGAAUUUAUUUGAAAAUAUCGUAAAAAAUAUUCGUAAAUUUAAGCGAAAUGAUUGUGUUGUUCGACAUGCAUUUAUCGUGGGUGGUUGUGAAGAUGAGGAUGUUGAUGAUGAUAAAAUAAAAACCAAAUUUGAACAACUAUUAAUACAAAUACAUGCUGAUACUUUAGACGACGAAGAAGAUGAUGCAUCUGAUUCACCAGAUACUCAUUUAGUUUAUGAAUUAAUUAAAGCUAUAAAGGUGCUAAAAAUUACUUGGUCGGUUAACGGAAAAUCAGUGUACGGUGAAAAUGAACCAUACAUUUAUUGA